CGGCACUUCAUUCACAAAUCGCAAGUAAUAGAUGACAAGUCAAUUUUAAUUUCGUGGCAAUGUCCAGCGCUCUUAUGCAACGUUUACAUGAUUUAGUGACAAAUUUAAAUAACAAGAAUUGGUGGUACAGUGACAAUUGGUGUGACAGUCACUCCCCUCGUUUCGAGCACCAACAAAGAUAACACAUUGAAGAUCGAUUUGAAGAGUAACUAGCGGGAUAUUUCAACGUUCAUUCGCAAACAGUCCGCUUCGAGAUACCAACGCUUCAUUAGAUAAAAUAUUCAGGUUGAAUUAUAAACGAGUGUCAAGCGAGGUGAAGUUUGGUGAAGUAUAAAGCAAGACGAACGAUUGGAAACGUCAAUUGAAGUUUUUUUGAGAAGAAGGGAAAAGCACAAGAAACAAUGGCUGCCGUACAGACUCCUCCUGAAAUAAACCUGCCAGCGACUCUGCCGGUCAGCGAGGACAAUACAGACCUUAAUUUCAUGGCCUUUACUAUGGCGGCGCUGCGUCUCGUCAACCCUUGGGCGGCCAAGAAGACCCAGCAGUGGUCAUCUCGCAUUGAACCAGGGAGCCCUGCAGCUAAAGAAAACGUCAUUACUCUGGCAGAAGUUAAUCUCCACGACAGUUAUGACGACUGCUGGGUGGUAAUAUACGACCGCGUAUACGAUAUCACCAGCUUCUUUGAUGAGCACCCCGGUGGUGACGAAAUCAUGAUGGAGUACGCUGGCCGAGACGCCAGCACUGCUUUCAGAAGUUCGGGUCACUCCCGUAUAGCCAUCAAAGCUUUGGACCGUUUUCUUAUCGGAGAACUGCCUAUUCAGGAACGCAUGUACCGAAGACCAGGUGGAAUGAAGCUUAGCGAUAUACCGGAAUAGAGAUGUCGCAGUAUUUAUUUUAAAGUGUCAUAAGUUAGACAUUUGAUUUUUUUAUUCAAACAC